AUGCCACCAGCGACACCACUUACUCCACCAUCCACUCCUCCCCCGACAUGGGUCCCUGAUGUUCCGUGCGAUGUCAAUACCCCGAGCGACGACGAGGCAACGAUGAGUGACGCGGACACCUACGUUCCGCCAGCCCGAUUUCGCCCUCUCCCCCCAGGCGACGCACUGCAACUGGGGCCGUCGCACGCGCUCGCCACGGCGCGCGACGCGUGGCGGAUGGCCAGGCUGCAGUACGCUGGAGACGGGUGGGGAGCGGCAGACAUGUACAUUAGUGUCCUAGAGGACGCCCUGGGAGAGUUGUAUACGACCGUGGAGGAAAUGGCUUGGACAGCCCAAGUGGCAAGUGGCAAGGCCAAAGCCGCCGGCGUGAUGGUGGACCUGUAG